CAAGAAGGGGAAGAAAAAUUCCCUGAUUAACCACAACGGUUCACAUUAGAGAGAAUCAAAGUCACAAACAUACAAUAAAUGCCAUCCUCUGUUUCCAAACCAGUAUUGAAUGCUGCAGCUGGAGCGCCCACCCACUUUCCUUCUUGGCCCUCUAACCCUUUCCAUUCCUCCUAUAUGGAUUCUCCUCCUCCUCUCCCUCCCCUUCCCCCAAAUGUCCACCCCCACCCCUUCUUCUCCCAACUACCUCAACAGUCUAGGUCUCGGUUACUCCAUUGCUAUCACCUUCUGCUUCCUCGUUCUUCUCUCCGCUAUCAUCCUCGCCUUUUACAUCUGCUGCCGCUCCUCCUCUUCUUCCUCCUCCUCCUCCUCCUCCCUUCGCUCCCCCUCCCACAACCAAUCCAACGGUAUCAUUCUUCCGAGGAUUAUUUUUGUUGCCGAAGAUGACGACGAAGAAAACGUCGUCAUCGGCCUCGACCAGGCCGUUAUAAAUUCGUACCCGAAAUUUCAGUUUAGUAAAGAUCAGACCGCUGCUGGUUCCACCGGAAGUAACGGCAACCCCACGUGCUCGAUUUGUCUAUGCGAGUACAGGGAUUUAGAGAUGCUGAGGAUGAUGCCCGAAUGCGGACACUACUUUCACGUUUCGUGCAUCGAUGCGUGGUUGAAGCUUAAUGGGUCUUGCCCCGUCUGUCGGAACUCACCGCUACCCACCCCGCUUUCCACUCCACUGUCGGAAGUCGUGCCCUUGUCACAGUACGCCAUGGAUCGGCGGAGGAGGUGAAAUUUUCGUGGGGUUUCCAAUCUGUAGGCGAUUGUAAAUUAUUAUUUUAUUUUAACUCUUUCUUGGCUAGGUAGGAACAAAAAUAUGAACGAAGGCUGGAUGGUGGGUUUUUUUUUUUUUCUUUUUUUCAAUGUUUUAAUUUUGGUUGUUUUGUUUAGAAAAAGUGAAAAGCUAGUGAAUAACAAGAUGCUAUUUUU